GGAGUAGCUCUACAUUGACCGGGCUGGACUCCGGCAGCUGAUCUGAAGCAGUGGGGGAAGGGCUCUGGCUGCCGGAGCCCCAUGCGAGUGGCUGAAUUUCCUGCAGCCCUGCCGUGCUCUGCAUCGGGGGGAGAUCCCGGACAUUCGUAGCUAUUUACAAAUUCCCCCCGACGCUAUUUUAAACCCAAAAAGCCGGACAUAUCCGGGAAAAUCCGGACGAAUGGUAACCCUACCCUGGACCGGCCUCCGGCAGGAGCUAGGGGGGCAAAGACCUGCUGUCCUCAGCUCCCCCCGGGCUGCUCAGAGACCCUCUGAGGCAGGAGGCCGAGAUUGAGGCACGUUUCUCUCCCCAGAUCCCCCUGGGAAGCCCUCGGUAUCCCUGUUUCCGGACUAUCCGGCCUAUGUGGCUGGAGACAAAGUGGAGAUUAACUGCUCGGCUCCCCCCGGUGCCUCCCCGGUGCAGUACGGGUUUUACCAGAACAGGACACUCCUAGGAUCCCCGCCGGGAAACGCUUCAUCUUGGCAGACGGAUCUUCAAGCAAACACCAGAAACACCACCCGGUCCUUCGCCUGCAUCUACAUGGAGCUGAUCCAGGGGAGGGAAGUGACCUCCUACACCAGUGACCCGAUCUCCAUCUCCGUGUUCCCGGCGCUGGCCGCCCCGUCCCUGCGGCUCAUCCCGCCCCUCCCGCUCUAUGUGACGGGGGAGACGGUGACGGCCGAGUGUGUCGUCCCCGCUAAGCCCUACGUCCCCCGGGCCCACUGGGUGCUGAGAGAUGGGGAGACACUUCCAGAACCACCAGAGCCCCCGUUCCCUCUGAACGUCACCCCCAGCGACAGCGGGACCUACCGGUGUGGGUACAACACAGAGCUCCACGGACGCCACCUCCGCUCACCCCCCAGCGAGCCGGUGCCACUGAGCGUGACUGAUCCCCCUCCCCAGCCACAGCUGAGUGUGGAUCCCCUGUCUGGAGUGGUGAGCGAAGGGCUCCCCCUGCGCAUCACCUGCACUGCCCCUGGGAACACCAGCGAGAGGAGGUUUCACUUCUACAAGGAUGGAGCUGAGAUCCCCUCUGGGGACACAGGGUCUGAGAUCAGCACCAUGGAGCCCGGCACCAGCUUUAUGAACUCUGUACUCAGCGUCCCAUGGGCCGGUCCCAAUAACACCGGGGAAUUCAGCUGCGGGUACGAGGCAAACAUGAGUGGCAGGUGGAUCCCAUCUCCCAGGAGCCAGGAUGUGAAAGUCACCCUCACAGCCUGGUCUCUGCCCGUCCCCCUGGUGGCUGGGUGCGGUGGGGCUGCCACGGCUCUGGCGCUGCUGCUGCUGCUCAUCCCCCUCUGCAGGAAGAAGACGGCAGUUACCCGCCAGCUCUCCACGUCCUACUGGAAGAGCCAGGAGCUGCGCCGGUUGCGGAUAGUGGGACGGUCAGCCGAGAUCUCCGGAGUAAAUAUAUGUGGUGUCACGGCAGAGACCCAGUAA